GCGGCGAGGGGGGGUUGCUGCUGUCCUUAUAUUUUUUGCAUGCAUGCAGUUGUGUGUUAAAGCCUCCUGUCUGCAGGAUCCCGGGGGUUGCAGCGCCCAGCAACAGCCCCGCUGCAGAUCGCGACUUCCCCCCCGCGGACUGGUCCCUGCGGUCUCUGGCUGGGGCGGGGGGUGAAGCAGCCGCUGGGCUGGUUUGCUGGCGAUCUGCUCCCUGGGGUGGGCUCGCUGCACGCCCGGCUUUCGCGAGGGGAGGGGGCUGGCCAGGAUGGCUGGGUCGCCCCGCUCGCUCUUGUGCCUCUGUCUCGGCUGGAGCUGCUUGUGCCUGGCGCUGGGGGACCUGCUGCGAGCUCACCUCGUGGGGCUCCGGAGGAAGGCUGCCCUGGGAGGAGUCACGGGCGGCCGAGCCCGGGCGGCAGGUGACCCUGGCCCCGCACCGCAGCAGCUGCCGCCGGGCGACAAGGUCUCGGAACACAUGCUCCGGCUCUAUGACAAGUACAGCAGCGCCCGGCGCCAGGAGCUCCCCGGCCUCCACCCGCUGCACCUCCAGGAGGGCAACACGGUCCGCAGCUUCCGAGCCCUGCCAGCGGGGAGCCCAGGAAGCAAAGAGCCACAUGUUUUUAAUCUGACCUCCCUAACCAAGUCUGAAAAUAUCUUGUCGGCGUCAUUGCAUUAUUACAUUGGGGACCUACUAAACGCUACCUGGAGUUGUCCCCGAUCCGGAGGCUGCUCUCGUCAUGGACACAGGAAACCUGAAAUUCAAAUAGAUUUCUCGGUGUUGAGUUUUCCUUCUGAUGGGAACCAAACUCGAACCCUGGGACGUUUUCUAAUAAAUGUUUCCAUGGCUUAUCGGGAUGUCCUUUCCUGGCAGUGGAAGGACAUUACUCAUGUCCUGAGUGAGGCAAAGCAGAAUGAUGAACUUCUGAUUGGUGUGAAAAUGGCCUUGACUGGCCGCUAUUCCAGGAGGAGGAUUCCGUCCUGCUAUGAACCUUACAUCCUGGUUUACGCCAAUGACUCUGCUAUUUCAGAACCAGAGAGUGUUGUUUCUAGCUUGCAAGGACACCGUAAUUCCCUGGUUGAGGGUUUCCCCAGACCGGAAGACCACUCAAAGAGCAGCUUUGGUGAACAGCGACGGAAACGUUCCACCAACGUCCUGUUGCCCUUGCAGAACAACGAGCUCCCAGGUGCCGAGUACCAGUACAAUGAGGAUGAGGGGUGGGAAGACAGAAAACCCUACAAAACCCUCCAGCCGCGGCUGGCAGAGAGGACAAAAGGUAAGAAAAAGCAGAGAAAGAACAACCACCAGAAGAGCCAAACGCUCCAGUUUGAUGAGCAAACCUUGAAGAAGGCAAGAAGGAAGCAAUGGAACGAACCAAGAUACUGUGCGCGGCGCUAUCUCAAAGUGGAUUUUGCAGACAUUGGCUGGAGCGAAUGGAUUAUUUCCCCUAAAUCCUUUGAUGCAUAUUACUGCUCAGGCGAAUGUCAAUUCCCCAUUCCAAAGGUCUUGAAGCCAUCAAACCAUGCCACCAUCCAGAGCAUAGUGAGAGCAGUUGGGGUCAUCCCUGGUAUUCCUGAGCCUUGCUGUGUCCCUGACAAAAUGUCUUCUCUCAGCAUCCUAUUCUUUGAUGAAAAUAAGAACGUGGUGCUUAAGGUCUACCCCAACAUGACAGUGGAGUCCUGUGCAUGCAGAUAACAUCCCAGAUGAGCCCUUUGACGUGUCUAAAUUGAGCUGUUGCUUUUUCUUUUCUCCCCUGCCAAUGCAUUUCAUUCAAAAAAUAGAUUUAUAAACAAACCUGAAUACGAGAGAAGAUACUGAAUGGAGAUAUCCGGGCAGGGGAACUUAAACUUAACUCACCCUUGAAUCUGACUGAGAAGUAAGCUUUAGCAACUGGCGCUAACUAUUUCUGUUGUAAUGGACAAAUGAAAAGUGAAAUUUACAAAGGACUGUUCAAGAUUUUUUGGAACUGGCAGGAGGACAACGUUGAUUUAUUUUUGUACAAGGCUUUGAAAGUGGCAGCCGCUGUUUGAUUUUUUUGUGUCUGUUCUUCUAAUGACUAAUGGGGAGGGAGAUUAAGAAAUACAUUAUACAUUUGAAGCUAGGCCUUGGGUUACUGAACAGCUCAGCAAGUGCUAAAUAACCUGAACAAAUCUAACUUAUCCUAAGAGCCUUAGAAAAUCCAACGUAAACACUUAUUUCCUUGAUCUGACAUCAUUGAUUUCACGUGUAUAUUCAUUAUUGUAUAGCUUGUUCUUUAGAAUUCAGCCCAUGUGACAUUCCUCCCCUCAGAUUUGAUAAUAUAAAUCCCAGUUAUGCUACAUGAGAAGUUGUGAUGUCACACAGAGUAUACUGGGAAAAAAUUGACCCAAAAGCCUAGCACAGUGAUUUUCAACCUAUGGUCCACAGACCCCUGAGAGGCUGCAGAUUAUGUCUAAGAAUGCUAAAGGGAUUCAUACCUCCAGUUGAAAUUUUUUAGGGGUCUGCAAAUGAAAAAAGGUUAAAAAAUCACCGGCCUUGCGAAAUGCAAGUAUCAUACUCAACAACACAGCUGGCUGAAUAAUGAACAAAUAUUUUAUCUCAUGUGUGCAGAUAGUCCUUAAGCAACUCAUAAAUGUCUAAAAUUGUUACAUGACAUUUGCUGAAUAAUUCUUUAUCUGUAGCUUAUUUGCAUGAACUUCAUUGAUUAUUUGAUGAUCAACAUUUAGUCUGUUAGCUAGUUUUGAUUGGUUACAGAGGUCAGGUGGUAUUGUUUCCAUUCCCCUAUUGGAUACAUGUUGCUUUUAGAAUCAAAUUGCCAGUUCAAACUUUGCUCCGUGAGAGUUUUCUCUAAGAAAUAUCUAAAAUGUGGUGUUUCCAUGAACAUUCCUGCCUGUAAAUACAUUUGCUAGAACAGCUGAAGAAAGUGAAUCCUACGGCCCAUAAACACAGUUGGAGAGAUUUCACUUUCUAUUGAAGGGAAUAUAUUCAUGGAAACAUUUUUGAGGUAUUUGCCCAACUCCUCAUUUUCAGCAACGUGAAACCUAGAAACAUUGAUGCUUUUGAAAGAGACUGCUGCCGAUCAACACUGGAAAGAACAAUAAUAUAAAGUUUAUUUAAUUUGUUAAAAUGUAAUUCUGGUCCCAACCUUCCUUUUUUUUUUUUUUUAAACCCACUUCAGUAACUAACUUUGUGAAACUGCAUCACUGAUCAUAAAAUAUUCACAUUUCCUAAUCAGGGGACAAAUUCUCAAGACCAAAUCCCUCCACAGCUCUCAUGGCACCUGUGUCAAGUUUCCCACUGUACUGAAGUCCUCAAAAAGGAGUUUCAGUGAGUAGACACCUACCUGAAGCUUCAGUGGGUGCUCAAGGUUAGUUUGAAAACGACCAAUGAUAAUUUACUAUUGCGUCAUCAAUGCCAUCGUGUUUGUCACCUUGAUGUGUGUCUGCAGGUGUGGGGAAACAGAGACAAAGUUCCAGUCAAAAAUCAGUGGGCGUUUUGCUUAAGAAAAAAUUGUAGAUUAAGUCCUUAAUUCCCUAUGGGCCCAAAGCUCAUUCAUUGUUGGUCUGAAUUGGGGCCAGAUCCUCAGCUGGUGUAAGCUCAGUUAAACUCAGUGAAGCUGUGUCAGUUAUGACCGUUUAUACAAGUUGAGGAUCUAGUCCCUAAAGUCAUAAAAGUUCAAGUGUUCUGAAUCUUGCCCUACAGGGAGAGUUCCAACGAACUGUAAAAGACAGAUCAGUAGAAAUGUUAGCCUCUAAGACACAAACCAGGCAUGUGCAACCCCUGUGUUCAUAAGCCAUGCAUGUGCAAAUUCCUUAAUAUUUGAUGCACUUCCAUGUGUGGCAGAAGAGUUAGCACUGAAAUGUGGUGAGUUGAGUCUGAACAAUUGGGGGGGGGGGGAACCGCACGUUUUUCUGAUGCAAAGGGAAGAAAAAUGCAGACAGAAAGAUCCUUCCUUCACACAGCAGAUUCCUGAAUUGCUGCUGGUGGUAGAAAAUGUGUCUGUCUGUGUGUGAAAGAGAUCCUGUGUACAGCGUAAAUGGAAAGAUUUAAAAAGACAGUUCAAAGCACCCAAGUGUCCAUAUUCUGUGGGGAUUACCUUGAAUGUUAACUAUUGGCCCAAUCCUGCAUCCAUUGAAGCUACUGGGAGUUUGCCAUUGAGUGCACCGGACCCAGGACUGGCUCCCGCUAGCACACAUCAACCCUUGCAGAAGUGAAAAGUAGAUGGUUUUUAAAUAAACUCCCUCCCUACGAGCUGCAAAGAAAAAAUCAAUUGUUUAUCCAAAAAAAA